UAAAGAAUUGGUAGUAGGAUAAAGAGUUACAACUCUUACAGAAAAUAUAAAUUAUUUUAUAGAGACAACUGUAAGAACCAAACAAACAGAGACGACCACCACUCUUACAAGCACUACCCUGUCUAAAAAUCAUGGUAAGUUUUUUUUUUUUUAAAUGAGAGUUAAAUGUAAAAAUGGGUGGACACAAAGAAAAUAAUCUGAAAAUUGAUUGAACCUUUUUUUAAAAAAGGGUUAUGGAUUAUUUAUUAUAGGAACGACUAUAAAGGAUCUAAAAGAGAAGUUUCUGAAGGCAAUGAAUUCAGCGGAGGAAACUGAAUCUCUUACGGACAUGGCCUUAGGAUUUUUAAUGUGGGCGAUUAUGGCAUCGGUUGCCGCAUUCUUGGUAUUACUCAAGAAAUGGUUUCUCAAAAAAUGCUGCGGGGAAGAGCCAUCAACAAAUAACCAGCCAACACAGCAGCCCACUUUGAACCCGGCCUUCUCCCCAGGACAGCUGAACGUGAUACCACUGAUGGUGAUGCACACACCACCAUCUUCCACCAUCAGUGGUUCACCGUCUAGUACUAGUGUCGCCACUACGCCAGAGAUUAACCGGGAGGAGGAGGAGGAGGAAGAGGAAGAGCCAGUAGGGCACAGAACCAGACUGUUCUGUGCCCGAAGACUAAACUGGUCUAAAACCAGUGUAGUUUAGUUUUAAUUUUGAUCAAGUGUUGUUAGAUUAGAUGAAUUAGAUAUGCAAAGGAAAGUAACUAUAGA